AUAUGUACAGUGCAGUGUGUACAAUGUAGACUUUACAAUCGAGUACAGUUCUAUUAAUUGUGUGAAGGUGAACGUGUGUAUCCGUGAUGCUUGCCUCGGAGACGAUUAUCUUCUUAAUAUUUAAUCUGAACCUUGUUGAUAGAGUUAAAUCGGAAAAGGAACUGAAUACGAAUUAUUUUGGCGAUGGAAGACGACUUUUAUUUCACUCUGGGAGAACUAUUGCUGACGUAGUUUUAAAUGAGCGGAACGAUAUUUUGAGAUGCAGUUUGCGAGCUGCUAAAGAUAUAACUAAGAAAAACAAUAUGUUUCGAAGUCUAGAAAGUGAUGUAAAGAUAGUUAAACUGAAGAUGGUAGAUAUGAUAGAUCUAGUGAAUAGAUGUAAUAUUCAUCCAACCAAUCAAAAUAUUCUCACCAUUCAACAAUUAAACCAAGAUUUUGCUGACACCGGAGAGAAAUCUAUUCUUGAUACUGCUCUCCCUUUUAGAGAAAUGUUCACGGCUACUAAAAUUAUAGUGAAAGAUACUUUAUGGUGUGGCCGUAACAACAUUGCAAAACAGUACAAUCAGCUAGGACCGGACUAUCAGCUAGACAGAUGCUGUCGUGCUCAUGAUUUCUGUCCGUUUGAUCUACCAGGACUCACCAAAUCCAACCCUGCUCCCUAUACUAUGAGUGCCUGUGAGUGUGAUCAAGUUUUCUAUGAUUGUCUGAAAGCUGUUGGUUCAAAAUCUACGGAAGAUGUCGGGAAGAUAUUUUUCAAUAUUGCUAAAGUUCCCUGCGUUAAUUUUGUUCAGCAGCGAAGAUGCAGUGUGAGAGAUAAAUCUUCUGACAGUUGUCUAGAGUGGACUGAGGAUACAGAAAAGCAACCUCUUUUAGAAAUACGCGAGAAGCUCAAGAAAUAUUGAUAUAACCCUCUCAACAGCUGUGUAAACCACCAAGAGAAGGAAACUGAAGAACGUUUAAAUGAAAGAAAUCCUCUUAAUUUUGAACCGUAUUGCUUUUUUGGGGGCACAACUCAUACAA